AGAGAACCUAAAGGGGAAGGUUCAGGACCAAAGAGCCCUGAGGAUCUCCAACAUCUGUAAGAUCCACAAUGGCUAGGCUCUGUGCUUUCCUGAUGGUUCUGGUGGUGAUGAGCUACUGGUCAGCCUGCUGUCUAGGAUGUGACCUGCCUCCCACUCUCAAUCUCAGGAACAAGAGAGCCUUCACACUCCUGGCACAAAUGAGGAGACUCUCCCCUGUCUCCUGCCUGAAGGACAGACAGGACUUUGGAUUCCCCCAGGAGAAGGUGGAUGCCCAGCAGAUCCAGAAGGCUCAAACCAUCCCUGUUCUGCAUGAGCUGUCCCAGCAGGUCCUGAACAUCUUCACAUCAAAGGACUCAUCUGCUGCUUGGAAUGCAACCCUCCUAGACUCAUUCUGCAAUGACCUCCACCAGCAGCUCAGUGACCUCAAAGUCUGUCUGAUGCAGCAGGUUGGAAUGCAAGAACCUCCCCUAACCCAAGAAGACUCCCUGCUGGCUGUGCGGGAAUACUUCCACAGGAUCACUGUGUACCUGACAGAGAAGAAACACAGCCCCUGUGCCUGGGAAGUGGUCAGAGCAGAAGUGUGGAGAGCCCUGUCUUCCUCAGUCUACUUGCUAGCAAAACUGAGUGAGGAGAAGUGAGACCUGAGUGGUGAGGUUUGAGAGUAGAGAGGACUCUCCUGGAUGAAGACCCUGUAAUGUUUAAAAACUCUCAUUUAUUUUGGCAUGAAUACAAUCAACUUGCCUAGAUAUUUCAGCAAAACUGCGCAAAGUUUUUUUCUGUAUGUAAAAGCAUUUGUUUUGUAAUAAUGUCAUAUCUAUAUAUUUAUUUUCUUAUUAAUAUAAUUUAAGGUAUUUAUUUUCAGUCUUGCAGUCUUAUAUUUUCUUUAAUGUAGAAAACCAUCAAAUGUAAUUAAAACAAUUUCUUGUUCAAGUAAAUUUGCUUUAUAA